AUGAGGGGUUCUAGUUUAGUUGCAUAGCCCAGCAUAAGCAUAGCAGAUAAUGGUGUGUUUCAUACAGUUUCAUUAGGGAUUUGUUGUAGUGAUUUCACUUUUUGUGUGUGAAAUUAUUAAUGAAAUACAUAAAAUCCAUUGUAAUCAAAUGGAGGUAAAACAAGAGAUUAGUGAUGAAUCCUGUAAAGUAGAAAUAGAGUAUAAUGACUUGGAUGAUGACCUUUUGGUUUUGGAUGGCUUCAAAUGUGAACCUAAACUUAAAGAGGAAUCCAGUGGGCUAAGUACACAUAGCACCUAUGAUUAUUUAGACUUGGAGGAACAUUCCAUAAAAACUGAAAUAGAAAAACAUGGGAAUAAACUUAACCCAUUUGAAGAAAACCAACAAAAUGAAACAGAUUUUCUCCGAGACACCAAAAUGGAAAUUACGGAAGUGUUAACUGAACAUUCAUCUCACGAAGCAAAUUAUCCAAACACUCAUGCUGAAGGAAAAACAUCAACUAAAUACAUAAAAGGAAGACGCUAUAAAUGUGAAAUUUGUUUUAAGCAGUUUAGUCAUGCAGGUACUUUAAAACGACAUUUGAUAGUGCACACUGGAGAAAAACCUCACAAGUGUGAAAUUUGUUUCAAACAGUUUAAUCUAGCAGGUAAUUUAAAACAACAUUUGAUAGUGCACACUGGAGAAAAAAUUCACAAGUGUGAAAUUUGUUUCAAACAGUUUACUACAGCACAUUCUUUGAAAUACCAUUUGAGAGUGCACACUGGAGAAAAACCUCACAAGUGUGAAAUUUGUUUUAAGCAAUUUAUUACGUCAAGUGCUUUGAAAUACCAUUUGAGAGUGCACACUGGAGAUAAACCACACAAGUGUGAAAUUUGUCUUAGACAAUUUUUUCAAGCAAGUGGUUUGAAAUUACAUUUAAGAUUACACACUGGAGAAAAACCACAUAAGUGUGAAAUUUGUUUUAAGCAGUUUAAUCUAGCAAGUAAUUUAAAAAACCAUAUAAGAGUGCACACUGGGGAAAAACCCCACAAGUGUGAAAUUUGUUUUAAGCAGUUUAGUCGAGCGGGUACUUUAAAACGACAUUUGAUAGUGCACACUGGAGAAAAACCUCACAAGUGUGAAAUUUGUUUUAAGCAGUUUAGUCAUGCAGGUACUUUAAAACGACAUUUGAUAGUGCACACUGGAGAAAAACCUCACAAGUGUGAAAUUUGUUUCAAACAGUUUAAUCUAGCAGGUAAUUUAAAACAACAUUUGAUAGUGCACACUGGAGAAAAACCUCACAAGUGUGAAAUUUGUUUCAAACAGUUUAAUCUAGCAGUUACUUUAAAACAACAUAUGAGAUUGCACACUGGAGAAAAACCUCACAAGUGUAAAAUUUGUUUUAAGCAGUUUAUUGCGUCAAGUCAUUUGAAAUACCAUUUGAGAGUGCACACUGGGGAAAAACGUCACAAGUGUGAUAUUUGUUUUAAACAGUUUAUUCUAGCAAGUAAUUUAAAAAAACAUAUGAGAGUGCACACUGGGGAAAAACCCCACAAGUGUGAAAUUUGUUUUAAGCAGUUUGGUCUACCAGGUCAUUUAAAAAGACAUUUGUUAGUGCACACUGGAGAAAAACCUCACAAGUGUGAAAUUUGUUUUAAGCAAUUUAGUCGAGCAGGUCAUUUAAAACAACAUUUGAUAGUGCACACUGGAGAAAAACCUCACAAGUGUGAAAUUUGUUUCAAACAGUUUAAUCUAGCAGUUAAUUUAAAACAACAUAUGAGAUUGCACACUGGGGAAAAACCCCACAAGUGUGAAAUUUGUUUCAAACAGUUUAAUCAAGCAGGCACUUUAAAACAACAUAUGAGAUUGCACACUGGAGAAAAACCUCACAAGUGUGAAAUUUGUUUCAAACAGUUUAAUCUAACAGGUAAUUUAAAACAACAUUUGAUAGUGCACACUGGAGAAAAACCUCACAAGUGUGAAAUUUGUUUCAAACAGUUUAAUCAAGCAGGCACUUUAAAACAACAUAUGAGAUUGCACACUGGAGAAAAACCUCACAAGUGUGAAAUUUGUUUUAAGCAGUUUAUUGCGUUAAGUCAUUUGAAAUACCAUUUGAGAGUGCACACUGGAGAAAAACCUCACAAGUGUGAAAUUUGUUUUAAGCAGUUUAUUACGUCAAGUCAUUUGAAAUACCAUUUGAGAGUGCACACUGGGGAAAAACCUCACAAGUGUGAUAUUUGUUUUAAGCAGUUUAAUCUAGCAAGUAAUUUAAAAAUACAUAUGAGAGUGCACACUGGGGAAAAACCCCACAAGUGUGAAAUUUGUUUCAAACAGUUUAAUCUAGCAGUUACUUUAAAACAACAUAUGAGAUUGCACACUGGAGAAAAACCUCACAAGUGUGAAAUUUGUUUUAAGCAGUUUAUAACGUCAAGUCAUUUGAAAUACCAUUUGAGAGUGCACACUGGGGAAAUACCUCACAAGUGUGAUAUUUGUUUUAAGCAGUUUAAUCUAGCAAGUAAUUUAAAAAGACAUAUGAGAGUGCACACUGGGGAAAAACCUCACAAGUGUGAAAUUUGUUUCAAACAAUUUAAUCAAGCAGGCACUUUAAAACAACAUAUGAGAUUGCACACUGGAGAAAAACCUCACAAGUGUGAAAUUUGUUUUAAGCAGUUUAUUACGUCAAGUGAUUUGAAAUACCAUUUGAGAGUGCACACUGGAGAAAAACCACACAAGUGUGAAAUUUGUCUUACACAAUUUUUUCAAGCAAGUGGUUUGAAAUUACAUUUGAGAUUUCACACUGGAGAAAAACCUCAUAAGUGUGAAAUUUGUUUUAAGCAGUUUAAUCUAGCAAGUAAUUUAAAAAAACAUAUAAGAGUGCACACUGGGGAAAAACCCCACAAGUGUGAAAUUUGUUUUAAGCAGUUUAGUCAAGCAAGCACUUUAAAACAACAUUUGAUAGUGCACACUGGAGAAAAACCUCACAAGUGUGAAAUUUGUUUCAAACAGUUUAAUCUAGCAGUUACUUUAAAACAACAUAUGAGAUUGCACAUUGGAGAAAAACCUCAAAAGUGUAAAAUUUGUUUUAAGCAGUUUAUUACGUCAAGUCAUUUGAAAUACCAUUUGAGAGUGCACACUGGGGAAAAACCUCACAAGUGUGAUAUUUGUUUUAAGCAGUUUAAUCUAGCAAGUAAUUUAAAAAGACAUAUGAGAGUGCACACUGGGGAAAAACCCCACAAGUGUGAAAUUUGUCUUAAACAAUUUUUUCAAACAAGCGGUUUGAAAUUACAUUUGAGAUUUCACACCGGAGAAAAACCUCAUAAGUGUGAAAUUUGUUUUAAGCUGUUUAAUCUAGCAAGUAAUUUAAAAAAACAUAUAAGAGUGCACACUGGGGAAAAACCCCACAAGUGUGAAAUUUGUUUUAAGCAGUUUAGUCAAGCAAGCACUUUAAAACAACAUUUGAUAGUGCACACUGGAGAAAAACCUCACAAGUGUGAAAUUUGUUUUAAGCAGUUUAGUCAAUCAGGUAAUUUAAAAAGACAUUUGUUAGUGCACACUGGAGAAAAACCUCACAAGUGUGAAAUUUGUUUUAAGCAAUUUAGUCGAGCAGGUCAUUUAAAACAACAUUUGAUAGUGCACACUGGAGAAAACCUCACAAGUGUGAAAUUUGUUUCAAACAGUUUAAUCAAGCAGGCACUUUAAAACAACAUAUGAGAUUGCACACUGGAGAAAAACCUUACAAGUGUGAAAUUUGUUUUAAGCAGUUUAUUACGUCAAGUCAUUUGAAAUACCAUUUGAGAGUGCACACUGGAGAAUAACCACACAAGUGUGAAAUUUUUCUUAGACAAUUUUUUCAAGCAAGGGGUUUGAAAUUACAUUUGAGAUUUCACACUGGAGAAAAACCUCAUAAGUGUGAAAUUUGUUUUAAGCUGUUUAAUCUAGCAAGUAAUUUAAAAAAACAUAUAAGAGUGCACACUGGGGAAAAACCCCACAAGUGUGAAAUUUGUUUUAAGCAGUUUAGUCAAGCAAGCACUUUAAAACAACAUUUGAUAGUGCACACUGGAGAAAAACCUUACAAGUGUGAAAUUUGUUUCAAACAGUUUAAUCUAGCAGGUAAUUUAAAACAACAUUUGGUAGUGCACACUGGAGAAAAACCUCACAAGUGUGAAAUUUGUUUCAAACAGUUCAAUCUAGCAGUUACUUUAAAACAACAUAUGAGAUUGCACAUUGGAGAAAAACCUCACAAGUGUAAAAUUUGUUUUAAGCAGUUCAUUACGUUAAGUCAUUUGAAAUACCAUUUGAGAGUGCACACUGGGGAAAAACCUCACAAGUGUGAU